AUGGUUGAUGGGACUUAUGUACAAUUGACAAAGGAGCAAGAGGCGUUGGAGGACAUCACUCCAGGAGAGCUUAAUCAACCUAUCGAUGUUGUUCAGAUAACUGCAGCUAGGUGCCCUCAAUGUGGUCAAGCUUUGCCUGAAAGCUACCAUCCCCCUGCUAACGAAGACUGGAGUACUGGGAUUUUUGGUUGUGCUGAUGAUCCAGAGAGCUGUUGGACUGGAUUGUUUUGCCCCUGUGUGUUAUUUGGACGCAAUGUUGAGAGUUUGAGUGAUGAAGUCUCAUAUUCUUGCGCAUGUAUGGGUCAUGUGAUAUGCAUCGAAGGCGGCAUUACUCUUGCAGCACUUAUGGCUGCGUUUAAUGGUGCUAUUGAUCCCCAGACAGUAGGGCUUAUAACAGAAGGUCUUCUCUGCACUUGGUGGAUAUGUGGUGUCUACACGGGCAUGGCACGGCAAGCAUUACAGAGAAAGUAUCAUUUAAAGGAUUCACCAUGUGAGCCUUCAUUGGUGCACCUAUGUUUACAUUGGUGUGCUAUAUGCCAAGAGCACAGGGAAAUGAAGUGCCGCCUUUCUAAUUAUCAUGCAACCGAAACAACAAUUGUGAAUCCUCCCCCAGUUCAAGAAAUGAUCAUAUUGUUGAAAUUCUGGAACAAUACAAUUCCUGAUAUUAUGUCAAUUAAGUGUUGUUUAGUGACGCUUUCGGUUGAGUACUGGGGGACUAGAUAUUUGAUGCUUUUUGGGGAUGAGAAAGCAUUGAACGGAUCGUGGCUGAAUACUGGAUGGACAGAAAAUUCGGAUAAGAAAGUCAGAUUCAGAAACUUUGGACCUAAUAGCACCGUGAGGGUGCUCCUACCGAAAUUGGUGAAAAAGCUCAUGCUUGAUGCUUUCUCAGAUGGAGGAUAUAAAUGCAAGCAGGUCCAUUUUGGAAUUCCAGAUGUUGGGGACGUCUGCUAUGUCUUUGAUGACACACUAGGCCGCUCUAUCUCUAGUUCAUUUGGAUCUUUAAAGAUUGAGUGA